GGGAAGGGGGAAUGGGGACCCGUUAUUUCCUGGGCACAGAGUUCAGUUUUGCAAGAUGAAAAGAGUUCUGGAGAUGGAUGGUGGUGAUGGCUAUACAACGAUUUGAACGUCCUAAAGCCACUGAACUGUGCACCUAACAACAGUCACUAUGCUGCUGCCAGUGUGGGCACCUGCUCUCUAAGGGAAAGGCCACUGCUCUCACUGGCUCCCAGCUGUGAUGUCUGGUCACUCCCCUUCCCUCCUGGAGCAGCCCCACCCAGGGUGCGAGCCCACCCAGUGGCCCUUGUGAAGUGGUGAUCACUCCGACCAGCAGGGGUGGAAGAUGGUACCAGUCAACCGUGAGCCGGAGGAGGAGCCCGAAGCCGCUGCCGAGAGAUGGAGGACCCCACGCCUGAGCCCGUCUACGUCGACGUGGACAAAGGACUGACCUUGGCCUGCUUCGUCUUCCUCUGCCUCUUCCUCGUCGUGAUGAUCAUUCGCUGCGCCAAGGUCAUCAUGGACCCUUACAGCGCCAUCCCCACAUCCACCUGGGAGGAGCAGCACCUGGAUGACUGAGGCGCCCGCGGGCGGGGGCCGCGGCGGGGGACCGAGACCCCAGCGCUCUCUGGACAGGGUUGCCCCAGGAUGUGCCUCUGUCCCCUGGCCACCAGCUUUCCAGCCCAUGGAGGCGAGAAAGGAUUUGGCCACCCGGGGGUGGAGAAGGUUCACCUUAGCCUUGCCUGCUCUCACAGAAGCAGCAGGGUGAGAUGCUCGGGAUGCUGUGGGUGUUGCAGUGGUGGGCCAGUCUGGGGAUGAGAGCGCUGGGCCGGGAGUCAGGAGGCCCGGAUUCCAGUCUGGGGAGUCACUGUGAGCCUAGGGGGCGGUCACCUUCCCUGGCUCGCGCACACCUUUUGGCAUCGGAUACGGGACAGUCACCCACCAUCAUAACAACAGUGGUCUCGUUUUGAGGAGACUCUUGCCCUUAACAUGCAAAGUAGCACACACACUAGCCCUGGAGGCUCCCAGCACAGACGUUCACCUGAGCCCCAGCCCCUUCCCAAUGGGCCAGCAAUAGAGCACGUGGUGACGUGGGAAAGGAGUUGGAAGGUGCAUCACCCCAAAUUCACAAAAGGCACAGGGGCUGCUUCCCAACAGUAUUUUUUGAAACUAAAAUAUAGAGGGGUAUAUUUUUCCUGUUAUAAAUGAAAUGUGUAUUUUGGAAGUUUGGGGAAAUACAGAAAAAAUAGAAGGAUGGGGGAAAAUAACACUUAUAAUCCCACUUCCCCAAAGCCGCCAUUUUGAUAUAUUUUCUCCCAGCAUUUUUUACUUUUUUUUUUUUUUUUUUUUUAAAGGUUGGUGGGAAUAGGAACUACUCAGAGCCAUGUGUGAUCUUUGGAAGUUGUUCUGCUCCUUUUUUUUUUUUUUUUUAAUUAAUUUUUUAUUUAUUUAUGGCUGUGUUGGGUCUUCGUUUCUGUGCUAGGGCUUUCUCUAGUUGUGGCAAGCGGGGGCCACUCCUCAUCGCGGUGCGCGGGCCUCUCACUAUCGUGGCCUCUCUCGCUGCGUAGCACAGGCUCCAGACGCGCAGGCUCAGUAAUUGUGGCUCACGGGCCCAGUUGCUCCGCGGCAUGUGGGAUCCUCCCAGACCAGGGCUCGAACCCGUGUCCCCUGCAUUGGCAGGCAGAUUCUCAACCACUGCACCACCAGGGAAGCCCCUACAUGUAUUUUUAAAUAGUCAAAAUCAUACUGUGUGCAUGAUGUUGUAUCACUUCAUAUUAGAGCAUGAACACUUUCUCAUUUCAUCGAGCACUCUUUAUAGCCAUCAUUUUUACUGGCUGCAGAGUAUUCCAUCAGGUGGAUAGGUCAUAGUUGCAUAAUUAUCUCCUUUAGUCUUACAUUUCUUUUUUUUUUUUUCACUAACUUUUCCUCAUGCAAAAUUAUUUCACCCAGUGACCUCUCGAGAGCACACAGUUAUGAGAUUACUAUCGGACAGGAAGACCUGGCUUCUAGUCCUGUCAGUCACUCUAAGGCUGUGUGACCUUGAGCAAGUCACUUCACCUCUCGGUGCCUCCAUUCCCUGAUUUUAAAAAGGGAAGGAAAAGCCUUGCCCUUUUUGUUUUGUGUAAACCUCAUGUGAAUGAAAGGACAGGAGUGGGAGUGCUUUGAAUGUAAACGUGCUGUGGGGGGAGACAAAGGAUAAGUUGUUGAUAAUGAUUCUUCUCCCUCUUUUCCCACCCUUCUGACCCCCUCCUACCCCAUCACCUACAUCUAAGGCCUUGCAGCAAGAAUAUUGGACCAGAGCCCACAGACCUGGUCCCAAGUCCCAAAUCCUCUACUUCCUUGCUGUAUGACCCCAAAUAAUUCAGCCUCUCUGAGCCCCAGUUUCCUCAUCUGUAAAAUGAGGGAAUAACAUCUACCUCACAAGGUUGUUGUGAGGAUGAAAUGAGAGAACAUGGGCAAACAUUGGUGUAUUUUCUUGAUUUUACCACACCAGGAGAAGCCAGGGGUCUGAGCUGGGAGGAAGAGAGGUCUGGCUUCCCCCCUCUUUGCAGAGCCUGGAACCCUGGGCUUUCCUCAGUUCCCAGGGCCACUUCUGAAAGGCCAAAUCUCCCAGCCAGGACCACUGGUCAGAGGAAUACUCACAGCAACCUCUCCCAGCACCUGACCUCAAGGGAUAUGGUGUCUAUUAAUUUACAUAAUUAUCAUUGUCAUCGGUAUUCCCACAAACAUAAUAUGAAGUUAAACUAGACCACCAGAACUCCCCCUCCUUCCGAAUGCAUUUAUUCCAUCCCUCUAAGGCACACCUGCCAUCCCCAUCAGAAGUGCCCUGCAGCUGUGAAGAAGCUCAAGGCUCCCUUCCCAUCACCUGCAUCCCAGCCAUGGGUCCCACUCCAUCCCAGGUCACCUGGGAAGUGGGCUUCCAAAGCACCAUCACCACUAGGUGAUCCCUGAAAGUGAACAAGGCCACAGCUGCUCAGACAGCUUCCAGGGCAUAUCCAGCUGUUCCUUCCUCCACACCCCCACUGUGUGGGAUGCACAAAGGGACAGCUGGCAAAGGCAGUGGACCAAGGUGCAUUGGAAGCUCUGUGUGAGGGGAGGAUCUAGAGCAAGGACCUUGUACAUUGCCUCAGGCCUAGCAGCAGCCUUCACUCUGCAGCCUACCUCAGAGAUACCAAGCACUUCUGUGAAAAGCUCAUCAGCAUGGAUUUACAAUGCAAAUCAGAACCAACGCCCAAUCAGUUAAUAACAGAUCCCAAGGAACAAGAAGAGGUCUUGAAGACCUCACUUGGAGAUACUUUAGAGCUCUCAGGAGUGAAAAACGGGUGCCUGAGGGCCGUGCUACUCAAACCAUGAUGCAGGACAAAUAGCAUCCGCAACACUGAGGGACUUGUUAGAAAUCCAAAAUCAUGGACCCCUACUCCAGACCUACAGAAUCAUAAUCUCUGGAGAUGGAGCCCAGGAAUCUCUUAGCAGGAUCUACCAAGCGAUUUGUAUGCAUGUUAAAGUAUGAGAAGCACUGCCCUGGGGAUCCUUUGGUCUCAAUUAUUUCUUUUCCACACCUAGAUUUGCUAAUAUUUCCCACUCUAUCUCUUGACUCUUUUUUUGGUGGCAAAGGGAAAUCAUAUUUCAGAAAAAGAUGGAAAAUUUCAAAAUCACUCCUAAUCCAAGCCUCCACAAAAUAGUGAUUUCUAUCGUGUGUCCAUGUGUUCCCUUCUAAUCCUUGCCCACGUGCAAGAUGUUUUUUUUCAUAAAAGCCUUUGGUUACAUCAUUUAAAUCAACAUCUCCUAACAUUUCAUCAUAAGCAUGUUUCUGCUACAGUCUUCCUAUUUAUCAUUUUACUGGCUAUAAACCAUGCCAUCUAGUGCAUGUACAUAGUUAUCCAGAGUCCUAUUAAUAAGUACUUGGAUUGCCUUCAUUUUCCCUAUUAUACAUGUUGCAAAAUAAAAAAAAAAAAAAAAGAAAGCUAAAGACAGAUAUGACGAACCCUGGGCUUGCUCAGGAUGGUGGAGAAUAAAUAUUUAAAUUACACCCCCUCCACCUCAGAGACACAUGGGGGAGGAAGAGCCAUCCAAACAUUUGAUCAUAUUAAGGGGAAAAACCAACUGAAAUUUCAAGCUUCUGUUGUUGCUUUAGCUGCUAAAGGAUGGAGGAGAUGGUCCUUUGUCAUCAGAGCAUCUUAGCCAGUUUCUAGCUAGCUGAGAUGAAGUUUGGGGUUUGGUAUGGAGAGGUAAACUGUCCAGCAAAAGAAAUGAAGAGAAUUUUUGAAGACUGGAAGCUGGCAGAGAGCAAAUGAAAAGCAUUUGUGGCAUUGGCCCUAAUCCAGGACUUAAGGCAAAAUAUGAUCAGAGAGAAACUCCCCGCUGCAGGGAAAGGGUGAUGGAUUUUCCAGACAGUGGUGUCUCGUGGCUUAUUUUACGUUGUUGCCUGUUCUGUGCUCUGCUACAGUCCCUCCAUGUUACUCCAAACCCUCAGUAAAGUCUGAUACACAAUCCACUUUGUGGUUGUGGUAUUUGGGGGCAAUAAAGACAUCUGGAAGGUGGUCAGUGUGAAGAAAUGUAAUCUGGAAAGGGAUAGUCAUCCCAGGGACAAGUGAGGUAGCAGAAAUAAGCAGAAGCAGGAAAUCAGAAAGCAACUAUACUCCAAUAAAAAUUAAUUUAAAAAAAAUCAGAAUGACGGUUGCUAGCAUAAAUGUGACCCCUGAGAAUGCUCAGAU